UGCCGCGUCAUUGCACUCGCACGCGCUGAUCAUCUUCCCUCCUCCUCACACCUUCUCGACCCUGACAGCUCUGUGCCUGUUCUAAUUUGCCCAGCUAACCUUUGCUAGAUCCCAGACUCACUGGGACUAGAACUUGGACCUGGGAAUCAGUGAUAGAGAGCCUAUAUGUUCAGUGAAGAUUUUGGAUGACAGAAGAUACAUCAUAGAUUAUAUACCCUUCAGUGUAUGGAUGCCUUGCCCCUCUCAUAGAGACAGCAGUAUCGUACAGCGAAUCUGAAUCAAUGAGCCCUCCUGUGUGCCAAUGGAUGUCAUGUGAAGUGAAUCUCCCACUAUCUGUGUCCUGUUGGUGUACCUAGAUCACAAGCAUUGAAUCUGACAGGUAUGUGGCAGUCCUUCUCUUGUUGAUUUGACAGUAGUUCGAGAGCGACAAGUUGUAGAUAACAAAGAUUGAGAGAAGGGGCAACAACCCUUUAUUUUUAUCUUGGUGGUUUUCCUUGUAAUGGCAACAGAAAAAACCAUGGUGCAGAACGACACAAACUCGUCCACGAUCCUCACGAUCAGGAUGAUUAUGCAGGGCAAGGAAGUUGGAAGCAUAAUUGGCAAGAAAGGUGACAAUAUAAAGAAAUUCAGGGAAGAUAGUGGUGCCAAAAUUAACAUCUCUGAUGGUUCCUGCCCAGAGAGGAUUGUCACAAUAACCGGCUCAACAGAUAAUAUUCACAAAGCAUUCACUAUGAUUUGUAAAAAAUUUGAAGAGGAUCUUCAGAAUACACCCACGGUGCCUAAACCCCCUGUCACAUUACGGCUGGUGGUGCCAGCCAGUCAAUGUGGCUCACUCAUUGGGAAAGGCGGGUGCAAGAUUAAAGAAAUCAGAGAGUCUACAGGUGCAUCCAUACAAGUAGCUAGCGAGAUGCUGCCCAACUCCACAGAGCGGGCUGUCACCAUAUCCGGCACUGCCGACGCCAUCACACAGUGCAUCCGCAAUAUUUGUGGCAUCAUGUUGGAGUCCCCUCCUAAGGGCGCCAAUAUCCCCUACCGUCCAAAACCUGUAGUGUCGCCUGUCAUCUUCGCUGGGGGCCAGGCAUACACAGUGCAGAACCAGUUGGCCCCUGUGCCCAGCCCAGAGUGCCCCCCUUUAACGAGAGGAGUCCGGCCACAGGUAGGAUAUCAAAAUGUCAUGGAUAUGUUUGGUGCUACAAAGACUGCUCCACAGAUGAUUGAUUAUAAUUCUCAGAUGAACAAACUGGCUGGACAGCACAUGGCGAUGGCCCAUCCGGUGCCCAUGAUUCCCACAGCACAGACGGUGCUGCCCGGAGGAUGCAUGGCCAUGAAUGGGUUAACAACGCUCCACUUCGCACGGCCAAACAACACCGCAGCAGUACCAAACAAUCAACAGACACACGAGAUGACAAUUCCCAACGAUCUCAUUGGUUGUAUCAUUGGCCGAGGUGGACAGAAGAUAAAUGAGAUUAGGCAACUGUCGGGGUGCUACCAUUAAAAUUUCCAAUGCAGAAGAAGGAUCUGCGGAUCGGAAAGUGACGAUCUCGGGGGCGCCAGAAACAAUUGGCCUGGCGCAAUACCUCAUCAACACAAGCAUGGAAAUGCAUAAGACCUUGACCCUUGACCCGACCUCGAACCCAACAACCUCAUCCUUGACCUCUGUUCAAUCCCAUGCUCCCUUGGCAAUUCCGCUGAGUCAGCUGAUGAAACCAGUGCCAAUGCUAGGCCUAAAUAUGGGCGUUUUGGAUGCAAGUGCCGAUCGAAAAAAUCUCAUGCCCAAAAUGAGGGUUGGGGUGACAGCUAACACAAUGAAGAAAGCAGAGCGACCUAAAUUUGCUCCUUACUAAUGAAUGCUUGCUCGCUCCUGUUUUCCAGCCUGGUACCAGGCAAUAAUUUGAGCUAACAAUAAUGUACUUAACACCUGAUUGGUUGAUUGGACAAUUGACUAAUUAGCGAAAUGUAUUUUCGUUAAGGACAGAUUGGUAGAAGGUGAUUACGAGAGAUUUUUUAUAAAGAAAUUAUAAAAUCAUUGAAGAAUAUGAAAUUUAUAUAUAUAUUCUAUAUUCUUUUUCAUAAAAGAUAUUUAUUUAUUGUAAAAGAAGUCAAUAGUUAAACAGAUGAUUUAGAAUGACAUUAAUUUAGUUUUUUAUGUGGAUUUUCAUGUGAUGAUGUUAUUCUCCGAUCAGUAGAGAUUUUGUAGAGUUUGUAUUAUCAUUUACCCAUUUGCCAAAUUGAUUUUGUUUUUUUUCCCUUUUGAAAGAGUAUUAUCAUAAUCAUUAUCAUAUGUAGUACUUAUUCAUUUGUAAACACUCAUGCAUAUUAUCCAACUUUUGAGAGGUAUAUAUAAUCAUAAAUAGUCUGUAAGCCAGUUCUUAAUCCAAAUGCAACAAAUUGCCGAUAGCUAUCUGAUUGAUACAUUCCAACAUUCAGCUAGAAGUCAGCCCAGUCAGGGUAUUGUUCAGGUACAGUGUAUUCAACAGACAGUGUUAAAUGGCCAUGCAGAUAGACGGAAUGACACUCUAGACUAACUUGGACAAGAAACGCAAUAUUUUUUUGGUUAGUCUGGUCACACGGUAUGUACAGACAAUGUAAUAAGGGUAUUGAAAUAUUCAUCCUAGCAUAAUUGUUCUCUUCAUGCAAUAUUGUGUUUGCAAUACUUAUCUUCCUUGUUUGCGGGUGUUGUUUUCUUGUCACGAUAUUACAUGGCUGCGGCCAAUCGGCUUCUCUCUGACCCGAGAUGACGGCGCCAGGGGGUGGGUGGGGAAGGGGAUACGAGAUUUCCGUACUGUGAGAUAAGGUGUUACCGAACACCCAAGUUGAUCUUGAGAACCAUCCGCUGCCACAUUUCUCGUCCUCCAGUCAAGAUGCCGUCCUGUAUCUUUAAGUUUUUCAUCGCAAUACCAGAAGCCUGGCCUGUCAUUUUCGGUCAGAUGGAGCCCAAUCCAGUUGAAUAUAGUUUCUUGUUUUGUUAACGAUAAAAUGUGUCAUAAGUUAGCAUGAGAGAAGUGUGUUUUGUAAGUUGGGAAAUGUUUGUAAAAGUGUAAAGGGAACAUUUAUAAGGAGAAAACAUUCUAAAAAGCCAUAAUUUGUCAGAUACGUAGUCUUGAAACAGCAGGAGACAUAAUAUUUUUCUCUGUAUCUGAUAAUUGUUCCUCAAUAUAUCUCUUGCAGAAUUUUCCCAAUUUGAUUAUUAUAGAAUAUGAGUGAUUUGGUGACAAACAUUUCUUUCAUAAAUUGCUGGAAAAACUGGAUUUUUUUCAAAUUUUUGUGUCUUUUUAGGAUAUCGACUGAAGUUUGUGGAAUGGGAAUACGCUAAGUAUAAGAAGGACCAUGUGUAAAGAAUUCUUGUGAAUACAGCGUCCUACAAUGCUCGUGUGUGCCACUAUGUCACAAAAGGGUGAAAGCAGGCAAGGUCAAAAUAUUCCCCAAAUUAGCCAGCAUUAUUUGCACUUCCAUACAUGAAUUGUAUACAGUGACGAAGUGAUGGCUUCCACCUCGGCUCAGUGACAGUGUGGGACAUAGGGCAGUGUAGUACGCCUGUACAAACCGCACAACCGUAUCUGUGGGAAUAUACGAAGCUCUCAUGAAAACAUUAUUUAUGUGGAUAAUGAUGGUUGACAAAAAAUGAUGAAAAAAAACAAAUAAAAAAAGAAUAUGCACUGUGCUUGACCAUUGGUGCAGUUUAUUUACUGAACAUAUUGUGUGAAGUUUCGUUUGUUUUCAUUUUACCUUAUGUGUGUGGGAGUUAGCUUCAACUAAUCAGGGUUUUGUCCAUGUUGGAGUGUUGACUGUAGUGUAUGCUGUUCCAGCUAGACUCUGUUUGUGUAUUGUUGUCUUACUAUAGAAAUGCAGUUUUGGUGCUGGAACCAACCACAGAGUGCUAUGUUGAUUUAUUAUUCAAGUUACUCAUAGCUUAACCAUCAUCCAUAUAGGAGUUACUUCCCUUUAUCUCAGGGUUGUCUCCCUUAGACCUACCUGAAGGGCUCGAAGUCAUAUUUCUGCAACCAAUUUUUGUUAGACACAGAUGAAUCUAGUCAGUUGGGGCUUGAAGCUUUAUGCAAGGCCUCCUAGUUAUAACGAUUUUUGAGAUGCUGAGUUUUGUAAAGUUCGCGUCAAAGUAGGAUCCGAUUGAAUACAGGAAUGGUAUCAACAUGUGAAAUCCCUAGUCUUGUCUGUAUUCUCUCUUGUAGUAGGGAGACUGUUUGCUACCUCAUACGUGUUAUACUAUUUUGUUUUCCCUAUUAUCUCUUCAAUAUUAGAGGAUUCCCAUCUAGUACGAACAUUUGGAGCAUUAUAUUCCUCUCUGGCAGCGAUUCCUCGUGAAUAUGAACCAUUUUGUGUCACAUUAGAUUCCACCUAGCCUUUCCAAAAUUGAGAAAAGCCAUGAUUAUUUCCAUGGAGUCCCACAGGAUAGUUACCUCCCUUAGUUCCCAAACCUUGGAGUCGAAAGGGCUAGCAUUUCUGUGAUAAUUAACUGGUACCAGAAAAUGUGAUUUGAAGGCAGUCGUGGUGGAAGGUACGAUUAUGUAGGGUAGACAGUAUGAUGAUCAGCUAGACCAAGCGAUAAUAAUGUUCGGAGGAAUUACACAUUGACGUCAUUCAGUGUAAUGCUUAUUUACUGAAGUCAAAAGAUAAUAUAAAUAUUUCUUUCUCUUUUCUAUUUUUUGGUUUUGCUUCUUUGUGAGACAUCUUUGGCGUUAGGGCCAACAUUAUCACAGGUGAUCAGCAUUUCGUUUCUUCGUUUCUUCAUUGGAAGCCAGUAUUCAAGAAAACAUCAUGAAAAAAAUGAAACAAUAAUUCAUUAUUUUUUCCCAUUUUGAAUGUCACGGAUGGUGUGCAAGGACAAAGUGCAAUUUAUUCAGUAUUUUGCUGACAACAAUGAUUGUAAGUUUUAAGUGCAAUGAAUUUCCAAUCAAAGCAAUACGAUUCCUUCUGUAAAGUCCUUAUAUAAUUCUAUAUUUUUCUUACUGUCUGUGAACAUAAUUUUUUGAUACAAAGUUUACACCGCAGUAAUAAAAAAAAAAUUCUGUUGUCUUGUGAGUUGCUGAUAGACUUGUAUAUUUGUUAGGAAAAUAUAUUUUGAGACUUGGUGUAUUUUAUGGUACAUGUGACAUGUUCAACAUCCAGGUGAUCCUAUUUUCCCUCUGUCUGAAUAUAUGGGAUACUAUAUAUAGUUUGUGAAAAUAUAAAAGAUAUGUAAGUAUUGACAGUGUUGUAGUACAGUAAAAAGUGAUUUCCACAAGUAUUAUUGGAAACCUGUGAAAUUCUACCCAUUAUUCAAUGGCCUGUAGGUUGCCACAGCAUCAUGCUAUUACUGCAAUAGCGUACAUGGUCAAGCACAGUGAUUGGGUAAAGGUUGUCAUGUGACCAUCAACUAGCCAAUCGUGGCACUCAUGUUGGAUGACCUGAAUAUCAUUUUAUUUCCCUGAAAGCGAGGUGCCCCUAAAUUAUUUUUUUACUUUUUCAAUGACAACCUUAAUCAUAUUUACGAAUGAAUAGAACCAAAAUUCACAAUUUUUCUGAUGGGUAAAAGUAGAUGUCAUUUUCAUUGCUUAAAAUCCCACACGGGCACAUCUUCAUUAUUCAGGGCUGUCACAUAUCAAGUAUUGUUACUUCUUUCAGUAUUCGUCUUCUGGUCACAUGACUUGGUUUGCCCACUUCACUAUAUAAAGUUGAGUAUACAAUUAUAAUAUAUUCAGUAACUUGUUGGAAAGUUUUUUUGAUUGUUUUCAUUUAUAAGAAGAGUGUGGUUCACUUCGCUUUAUGAACUGAUCCAGACUCUCCAAGUGUAUGGUAUUUUCCAGUUGACAAAAGCUGUAAAAAUGUGUUGCCAAAAUCAUGAAUAAAAAAAUUGAACUGUUUGAA